AUGCGGCCAUUCUUUCCCCCUCCUUUUCUGCGUUCAUGGCCCACGCAACUCAUCCGACGGAAUCUAGAGGGCUGUCGAUCGUCCUUGUGCUUCUCACGUGCAUGUGACCACUCGUCAUUUCACUUUUGGAUCUCCUGUGUGCUUGGUAAGCGAUGCCGCUCGCCGUAUCUCAAUCCUUCUCCGCCCCAUCCCUCCGUCUGCCCGUCACCGCGGUUGUUUCUGCUGUUGGCGUGCCGAGAUGCACCUCAGAGUUGCAGCACACGAGCAACGCCGGACAAGUGUGCAGCUGCGGCAGUCCCGCCUUUCUUCCGCCUCCCAUCGCAAAUAUACACUGGCGUGAGUGGCAUCUCUUUCGGCUUCGUUGUACCCCCUCUUUCGCCUCGCAUGAACUCGCUGCUGAAAACAUUUCGGAAUGUUGUGGAGCUCGGCGAGGAGGAGUCAUCAGGAGCGUUUGCGGCGCCGCAGCACGGCAACCUAGACCAGCAAUCGAAUCCAGAGGUGCUGCGGCAGCAUAUUUCCACCCUGACCCAGAAACUCGCCCGCCAGGUGCAGUCCUACGAAGAGCUGAGGGAGGAGAGCACCUCCAUUGAAAAGGAACUCAUGCGUGUGCGCCUUCGCUUCGCCGCUGCGCGGCAGCUGUGGGAGUACACAAACAAGAGUCUCGAACUUUCGAUUCAGAAUUUAGUCGAGCACCGGCUCUUCGGCGCCGCUUCUACGGCGCCCGCUAGGCCUAGCACGGGGUUUGGCAGCAGCUCAGGGAAGGUUUUGCCCCACCCCACGGCCACCUCCUUGCUUGAUGCCACCUACGUUGCCUCUCUGCGUGAGCAGAUUCAGCGACUGAAGGAAAUGGUGAUGCGGAACGGCGAGGCGCAGAGUCAGCUGCAAAGUGAGAAGCAAUACGAAGAGGUGCAGCGAGUGCUGCAUGCGAACGGCUUGACCGCCUCGCACCUUGAUGCUCAGGUACGUGCGGCAGUGCAGAAGCUGGUAGCCCAGUGGGGCAACGAGCGGGCCUACUACGAGUCGGUUAUUGAGAGUCUUGAGCAGGACGCUGCAAAACACGCUGAGCGAGAGGCCUUGUUGAGUGACUGUGUAAAGCAGGAGCAGGAGCGCUGCGCAGAGGCAACGGCGCAGACCUCCGGUGCGGAGUCUGCAGAACUGGGACGUCUUCGCGAGGAGCUCGACCAGUGGAAACGCGGAGAGCGCACCGUCGUCGAGAGUGUCUCAGGGGAUCCGCACCGGCUCUCUCAAACCGCGAGUCCGAUCUCCGAAAACGCCACCCAGCACCCAGCCAAAGAGGACGUCAGCGAAACCAGUCCACUGUCGCACAUAGCCAAAGAUAGGCACUUCCUCGUGUCGUUAGAAAACGCAGGUGCGCACGAUCUCACCGGGGCACCAUUGCAAGGGGACGCAGCACUCGGGUUUGUCCCCGGUGACCGCGCACUGGCAGAGAAACUGGAGCGCCUGAGCCGAGACUGCAGUGCACGCGAUGAGGCACUCGAUAACCUUUACCGUGACAACCGAAGCCUACAAGAAGCGGUCCAGCAGGCGGAGUCUCGCGCACGUGCCUGCGAGACGGAGCUGCAGUACUAUCAAAAGAAGAUGGAGGAGCUUGCGAAGCAGCUGUCUUGUGAGCAGCACCGCACAAGGCAACUGGAAGACGAGAAGCGGCUAAGUGCCGUUAGCGCAGAGAAACUGCGUGAGCAGGUCAUGCAACUGCGGCAGGCCGUGAACGCUGCAGCUGCCGGCAAAGCAUCCCUCGUCGCACCGAACGGGAUGAGCACGGGCAUGUCUAUUACAAAAGUAGCCCCGGUGCAUGUGGAACUGCCUCUCAACGCCCCCACACUGGAGCAGAGCGUCCCAUACGAGAAGGUCGCCACCUGGAAAGACAGCGCACGAGAGGCAGUGCGGUGGUGGAAGGAGUUGAGGUUGAACACAGUGCCACCUCGAGGUCCUCAGGUGCACCAUGCCAUGAGCGCAGCGCACGCCCGUGGAAGCGGGCUGCUGCGACGUGGCCCACGCGCGCCGCUUAUGCUUGGCGGCAUUUUUGUCAUCCUUAUGUUCAUUUGCAUGGUCUUCCUGUUCGUGGAUUCCGCCCAAGCGGCCAGACGCGCCCGUGAUAUGGCCUAG